GCAGGCAAGGCAGAGAGGGAGAGAGGGGAGAGAGAGCCCCAAAGCAGCCUUGUGCCUCUGAGCUGGGAUCUGCCAGGGCAGAGCCAGCAUGCUGCUCCUCAGCCCGCUUGUCCGGGGAUCUUACCUGCUGCUUUUCUUCUGCUUUGCUUUGUCUCAGACUGCGUACGCUGACAAUGUCUUCUCACUUUCAGCAGAUCUCCCUUGUUUGGAACAGAAGAAGCAGCACUGCAGAGCGUGCUGCCUCCUUGGCCCUCCUCCACCGCCCCUGUUCCCACCACCGUACUUCAGGCACAGCUGGAGCACUAAGCUGGAUAUGGAAGAGCUGUGUCAUGAGCUCCAGAUAAUACAGGCUUCCUCUCUGCCUGAAUUGCACUGCUUUCAAGGGCCUCCUGGCCCCCAGGGUCCACAAGGAAUUCCUGGUAUAAUGGGACCAAAAGGGGAGAAGGGGGAGAUUGGCAGGCCUGGAAGAAAGGGCAGACCAGGUCCCCCGGGCGUCCCUGGGAUGCCAGGACCAGUGGGAUGGCCUGGGCCUGUGGGACAGAAGGGUGAAAAGGGAGAGUUGGGUGUGAUGGGAUUGCCAGGUACAAGAGGACCAAUGGGCUCCAAGGGUUUUCCUGGAACUAGAGGAGAAAAGGGAUCCAGAGGUGACAGAGGCGACAAAGGAGUCAAAGGAGACCCGGGAGAAAUAGGCUUCCCUGGAAUGCUGGGACAAAAAGGAGAGAUGGGCCCCAAGGGACAGUCUGGAGUACCAGGACACAGAGGACCUAUAGGAAGACCUGGAAAACGAGGCAAACAAGGACUCAAGGGAGACAUUGGACCGGCGGGUGUCAUGGGCCCACCUGGUAGGCCUGGCCCUGUUGGCCAGCCGGGCCCCCCUGGACCGUCUGGACUAGGGCAAUUUGCAAUAGGACCAAAGGGAGAAAGAGGACUUCCAGGGCCUCCAGGGAGAUGUCUCUGCAGAACCCCACAGCACAUGAGUAACCCAUCAUAUGAGCAAUCUGUGUUUGGACACAGCUACCCAAAAGUUCCCGCGAUUUUUGUGGUGAAUAAUCAAGAAGAAUUGGACCGGUUAAACACCGAAAAUGCAUUAGCUUUUAGAAGAGAUCAGAGAUCUUUGUAUUUCAAGGAUACCUUUGGAUGGCUCCCAGUCCAGCUCACCCCUUUGUACCCCGUGGAUUACCGCUUCGAGGAGCGGGGUACCUGCGGAGAUGGCAUCGUGCAGGAUGGGGAGGAGUGCGACGACGGCAACGCAGUUGUGACUGAUGACUGCAUAAGGUGUCGCCGUGCUUACUGUGGAGAUGGCUACAAGCACGAGGGGGUUGAAGACUGUGAUGGGAUGGAUUUUGGAUACUUGACAUGUAGAACAUACCUUCCUGGGUAUGUAAGAGGAGGUCUUCACUUUGGUUUGGUGGGGUUUUUUGGUUUUUGUUUAUGGAGAGGGGGUUUUGUGUGUGUUUUCCUUUCUCUUUUUCUCUUUUCCAGCUUUAAAACAGAGGAGUUUCACCCACUUGAAUCUUGGUCCACUGGGACCACUGCAAGUAACAGUGGUCUAUCAAAUUAUUUCUGUAUAUCAUUGACUUUAAGGACUAAAUCUCAUUUCACAGUAAGAAGUACAUGCCCCUUACUGUACAAGACAAAUGAAGGUCACAUAGACCUAUGGUUGCCUAUUUCUUGCCAAGAUUUCCUUAUAUUUAUUAAUAUAUGUCCAGACAUAACAUAAGAAAAGUAUGACAAGAUGAUCACAGUGAAGGAAAAAAAGCCUACAACAGCCAAACCACAGGCUUGUACCAACCUCUUGCUGCCCUUCCCAUUAAUGGUUACUCUGGGGGUGUGUUUGCUUCUGAAUCAAGCAGUCAUCUGUCAGCUUUUCCAAAGUGCAGGAAAUGCAUUCACCAGCAGCUGCAAAGCCAUGCAUCUGUGUAGCAAAGUCCUUCAUUUAAAACAUCUGCUUACUGUUGACUGGCCUUCUCUGCCUUUGUUUAGGCAGCUUCCUCUGGUCAGCGUUUUGCCUCCUACAGCAGCACCUCUAUUUAGCUGUCAGGUAUUGUUAGUGGCUAACAGGAAACAUUUAAUUUGCAAAUUAAAUUAUGUGCACAGCCCUCAUCAUUCAGGGAACAAUAAUGUGCUAAUUGACAGGAAUAAGAAACCACAGGAUGUCUCUGUAAAUCUAGCGCUGUGCUAAUCCUUCCACUGUAAUUGUCGGAGCGCUUUUGGUAUAAGAGAUUACUAAAAUCCAGACCAGUCAACCUGACAAAACUGAAACGUUUUACAGAGACCUCAUCUUGAGACAAUGUGGAGCUGUUCUCUACUGUGAAAACUAUUCCCUUCUAAGAGUCUGAAAUUUGGCGCCCAAUAUAGCACCACAAAAGCUGAAGAAAACUUUAUAAAUUUCACUUUGCUUGUAUAUUGAAGUUGUUGAAGAGCAACUGAGAUAUUUUAUUUUUGUGUGUAGUCUGCAAAUUAUCUGCCAAACUAAAGAAAAAGCUGUGAAUCAUGAGAAAGUGGGCUGAGUACGUGAGUAUGACACUCCCAUGGGAGUUUUACCCCGAAGUAACCUUUCCUCCAAGAGCUCUGCUGCAACUGAUUUUCCCAUUUUUUACUCUUUCCAGCCCACAGAUCCCUCCUCCUGUUUCACACACCUUCUCUUCAGAUUUUAUGUUAGUCUGAGAAUGUGGGUUAUCCUAGGACAUAGUUUUAAAACUGCUUAGUCCACAGCUUGAUGUUGUGCAUGGGUUAUUCACUUUGGGUUAUUCCAGCAAUAAAAACUCAUUUAAAUUCUUAUUAACAAUUCUGGUCAGGUCUUCAGUAGGUAGAGUCACUGCUCAGUUUAAGUCAGUAGAAAGACAAAAUCUCUGGUUUUCAUUAUUUUGCAAGGACUCUUCAAUUCACUCUUUUAAAAAUUAUUUCUAUAUGUGCCACUCUCAUUAUUUCAAGUACAUGAAAAAAAAGUUAAAGGACAGGCACAGUCAUGCCUGCUGAAGCUAUUGGGAGUAACUGGAAAAACACUUAACUCAGAGACUCAGAUAUUUUGUUCCACAGCUCCCAUGGGUGAGCGCCAGGGCCUUUUUCAUCCACCCCCAUGAAAUGCUCUAGUCCUGAUGCCAACAGGGACUUUAUUUUUUUUAAUUGACAUUACUGGGAGUUAAGUCUUCACUCAUAGUUUCUCCUGGACGUCUGUUUUGCUGACAGAGGAGAACGUAGUCGAGCACUGAUGAAAAUUGCCCUCCUGCUUUGUUUCCCAUAUGCUGCUGCAUAUGCAUAUUCUGGAGUUCUUCACUCCUACGGAGAGUUACAUCCAGGAACCAUGUAAGUGAACCAUACCGUGCUUUGAAACUGAGAUAUUCUCUUUUAUUCCAGGUCUUACGGGAAAUUGCGCUGCACUUCUUACUGCUACAUUGACUCCACACAGUGUCGAUACUUCACAUGAGGGGAGCAGAGGUGGGGAGCAUCCCACGCCUAGGGGGUGCUAGGUGCUACACUAUCACCUAUCCAAGAAGGACUGGGACAAAAAAACCCCACCCACCUCUGGGAAAACAAACAAAGACACAUCAUGCUGCUGAUGGCCAUUCUGAGAUUUUUUUUUUUAAUAUAGAUUUGUCAGAUAAGGAAAAAUAGGACCACUGCAUCCUGUCUUAAUAGAGAAAUAAAUGUCAAGCUGUGUGUGCCAGUGAGACUCCCAUGCGGCUGCGGAUGGCAACUUGCUCUCCAUCACAAAAGCAACAUUAAACUACUGGAAGCUGAGUUUCAUUAACCAGGAAUGUCAUGUAACAAUUACCUCGAUUUAGCACUGUUAAACCCAAAUAUAAUCUCUUCAGGGGUUUCGCCUUUAACCCUUCCCUGCAUAAACACAAAGCAUAUCCUGGAUGCAGUGUUUAGAGGGACUUUCUCUUUUGUUACAAUGUGAACUUAGCAAGUGUUGUUUGUAUCCAAUAGAGAUGACUUCAGCAACUCUAAGGUUACCAAUGCUCCUUCAUUGGUCAAAGGAGUUAAAGUUCUUUCAGAAUCAGCAAAUCAGUCAAAUAAGCUGGUUAACAUCACCUUCAGUCAAAGGCAUUGUCUUUGUGUGUCUGUGCACCAUGAGCAGUCACAGGAGGCCAGCAAAACACACCACAAAGGACAAACUGGACAAAUAAACUGUGAAAUAGCCAAGAAGUUCUCUCCCAGGAGAAAAUCAGACAAGGAGGGAAGAUAAAGAAAGAACAUAUUUCUGUAUUUUUCUCUUCUGUGUUGAGCUGGCUGGGCUCUGCCUGACCCCAAGGAGCUGGGACAGCAUCCGUUCCCUGCCUGAAACCACAGCCAUGUACACAUUGUCUUCUCUCUGGUGUCCACACUGGAAGGUCUUUGCAUUUGCAACCCCUUGUCCACCCAACCAUCAUCAUUCAAUUCCCAGUUACCCCCUGUGCUCCCUCCCCCUCUGCCACGGGCUGUUUCUGCCACCGUGUGUGCUCACAUUUGUAUCGCUGUAAAUCAGACCGCGGAGUAGCGCGUUCAGGGAUGCCCGGUCAUGCUGUGCAAUGUACAUGUGGGUUUUUGGUUUUUGGGAAGGUCUCUCAACUAUAUCAGCUCUGAUUGGAGUCAGGGUAAUGAUAUGCUUAUUUAUUAGCAAGUAGUGAAGAGCAAAUUUCACAUGGAAAGCAUAUUAAGUGUUACAUGAAAAAGAGUCUAUAACAGAAAAUGAAACAAGUAUGCGCAGAAUUCAGGACUAAAAGCCUUACAACUAGGCAUUACUUUCAUACAAGCCACUCUUUCCUGCUUUGUGGUAAAUGUUGUACAGGACUGUGUGAAAUGUGUGAGUUGUCUGUGCCAGUGACAGCACUGCAACAGCUGCGCUGACACUGGCACUUCUGUAGAGGUUAAAUAAAGGUGGAUGUUGUGUUAUAAUGAUAACACAUUAAAGCAAUCAAACACAUGCAACUUUUACCACCUGCCUAGGAGACAUUAACUAUGCAUGUAUAAAGUGAUAUUGGAAAUCACCAAUUAGCAACAAAAAAAGAACGAAAAUUUGUGUACUCUUCAUGAUUAACACUUACCUGGGCUAUUUAUGUUGCUAUGAAGCCAAGUCACCAGCAUUUGUAGCCCAGUUCAACAGUUUUGUUUUUGUUUUUUUUUUUUUUUUUUUUUUUCUUAACUGAGGUCUUAAUAAAAGGUCCAGGAACCACUGGGACAAGAAAAUUGCCACAAACUCUGGAAAUCUGGGCACUAGCACAGCUGCCUUUUUAAUUUCCUGUGCUAGUGCAAGCAGCAGGUUGCAGCAGCAGCAUCACACCACGAGGAGCAGGCUCUGGUUGCUGGGAGACUCUCGAGGACAAACACACUCCCAGGAGCACAUCCUGCUGGCCAUCCCUCCGGGUGAACCCCUGGCAGAAUCUGCUGGUGUUACCAUCCUGGGGUGGAGACACUCCAUCUGAACUACUCACCUUCUCCAAGGAUUUAAUCUCAACCCCCCAAAAGGAUGGAGUCUCUGAGAAGUUGGUAAUUCCAGUGGCCUUUCACCUUUAGUUUUUAGUUGGAUAAUUUUUCAUUAAAAGCUCCUACCUCCAAAGGACAUCGAAAUAACAAAGUGACGUGCAUGGAUCAUAGAAAGGAGAUGUGGUCACCCAGGUAAAACUGUACUGCUCAUGUUCAGAAAGGGGCCUAUCAGCCUGGUCAGUCUGGGAACACUUGCACAGCAUGGAUUUUAAAUGGACAAAGCAAUGUCAAAUAUAAGAAAACAAAAAACAGUUUCAUACUACCAUUACUAUCUUGCUCCCCUCAGAAGAUAAAGCAUGAGAAAGACACCUGGGAAGGUGUAAAGUAUUUAAAAUGCUGCAAAAGAAAUAUUUUGCCCUCAUUUCUGACAUACCUGAUUUAUCAUCAAUUGGGUAUUCUUCAGCUGGCUGAUGUCUGGUCUGCUGCAAAUUGUUUUCCCUCCUUCUCUGAGUUUGGGAACUUAAAACAUUGUGCCAAGACCGGUUCAAAAGUCAAUUGGAAUAUUUCAGUUCACUGGACUUUUGUAGCUGCAUACACUUGUGGGAGAGUUUUCUAAUGAUUAGUAUGCAACUCUAGGCAAGUACAAAGAAUUAUGUCAUGCACUGUAUUAAUGUAUACAAAAAAAUCUGGUUUGCACUUAAUAUAUGAUUAAAUAUAUGUAAUUGCCUACUAGGUAUAUUAGCAGCUCAUGUCAAUAAAUCAUGCUACCUUAGUUCCCCUACGUCCUUACUUUCACUUAUUUUGGCUUUAACAGCACAGUUUUAAAUAUAAUUACCUAGUUUAAGAUGCUGGGGAGGCAAAAAACACCUCUUUUCCCAUGCCUGCUGCC